GCCUCUCCCAUUGAGGGUUUCUAGCGUUCUUUCGCUACGUCAUACUCUAGUAUAUCCCUUUAUUUUUCCUUUUGCCAUCAUAGUCUAGCUCUUAAGAGUGUAUCAUUGUAUUGAAAGUUUGUUGCAAUCACGUUAACUUAAUUCAAGUAUUAAAGUCGUGUGCGGUUGCAGCAGGGGGGCAUUUUGGUAGGUUGCCUCGCUCAAGAAACGCAUUACCGGCCAUAGUCGUCAGCCUUUGUUUGCUAAGCGAGCGCCUUGACUCGAAAGAUCCCGCGGGAAAUGCAGUAUGCGGGCUGGUGCCAGUCCUGAUUUGAGGAAUUCAUCCUUGGGAAUCUUCUGAAAGCUAACCAACAGACUUUAUUGGGGUCCUGUGCAGGAAACACAGGGACCCCUCUUGGUGCAUGGACCUGUGCCGUGGCACAGGUGGCACAUACCUAGUUCCACGAAGUUCCACCAUUCUUAGCGGAAGCGGCGGGAUUGAGCGGCGGGCGGCGUGCCCCAUGGACAAGAAGAAGCCCCUGAAGCGUCCGCGCAUGGACCAGCCCCCACUGGGCGCCCGGGGCCCCAUUGCCAACGGCCCGAUUCACGCACGGCCCCUGGUGGCCCUGUUGGACGGGCGCGACUGCUCGGUUGAGAUGCCCAUCCUGAAGGAUGUGGCGACGGUGGCCUUCUGCGACGCCCAGUCGACGCAAGAGAUCCACGAGAAGGUGCUGAAUGAGGCGGUGGGCGCCCUCAUGUGGCACACCAUCACGCUCACGAAGGAGGACCUGGAGAAGUUCAAGGCGUUGCGUAUCAUAGUGCGUAUUGGGUCGGGCGUGGAUAACAUUGACACAAAAGCGGCCGGGGAGCUGGGCAUUGCCGUGUGCAACGUGCCGGGCUACGGUGUGGAAGAGGUCGCCGACACGACGCUCUGCCUCAUUCUGAACCUGUACCGGCGCACCUACUGGCUGGCCAACAUGGUGCGCGAGGGCAAGAAAUUCCAGGGUCCCGAGCAAGUCCGCGAGGCGGCGCAGGGCUGUGCCCGCAUCCGGGGCGACACGCUGGGCAUCGUCGGCUUGGGGCGUGUGGGCACAGCCGUAGCAUUGCGGGCCAAGGUGUUUGGCUUCACAGUCAUCUUCUAUGACCCUUACCUUCCCGACGGCAUAGAGAAGUCUCUGGGCCUGAGCCGGGUCUACACUCUUCAGGACCUGCUGUUCCAAAGCGACUGUGUGUCUCUGCACUGUACACUCAACGAGCACAACCACCACCUGAUCAACGAGUACACGAUGAAGCAGAUGCGGCCCGGGGCGUUUCUGGUCAAUACUGCGAGGGGCGGCCUUGUAGACGAGGCUGCCCUGGCCGCAGCCCUCAAGGAUGGCCGGAUUCGCGCAGCUGCCCUGGACGUCCACGAGAAUGAGCCUUACAACACUUUGGCUGGUGGUGUCUGUGCAGGGCCUCUGAAGGAGGCGCCGAAUCUUAUCUGCACGCCGCACGCGGCCUGGUACAGCGAUGCCAGCUGCACGGAGCUGCGGGAAAUGGCAGCGUCGGAGAUUCGGCGCGCCAUCGUCGGUCGGAUUCCCGACUCGCUGCGCAACUGCGUCAAUAAGGAGUACUUUGUGGGCUAUGGUGACGGCAUGAACGGCGGCGCCUACAACUACCAGCCCAUGGGGGUGCCCCACUCGACGACGGCCCUGGAACCCCUGGCCCCGGGUGUGCCCCAUUCAACGUCGCACCUCCAGGACUCCUCAGCCAACCACAUGGCCCCUAAGCCUGAGAGCUCGGAGGUGCACUGACAUAUCAUUCCGCUUGUUUCUGUCUAGCUGUCUCUGCUGCUGUGUGUCCCCCCCCCUCCCCCUCCCUGCCCCCCUCCCCCCUCGGUAGUUGUUUCGCGCUUUUUUGAGUUCGCCCGCUGCUUAGCCUCCAUCCUGUUACCUUCCUCCAUGUUCAUGUGUGCAUUAACAUUUGACGGGUGGCAGUCCGAAUAAAACUUGGCACCUUUUAAAUA